UAAUUCAAGUGCAAUCACACUCUACCACACACUCUCUAGUAGAGAGAUCAGUUGAUAACAAGCUUUAUUAACAAUGGCGGCUUCCAUUGGAGCCUUAAAAUCUUCACCUUCUUCUAACAAUUGCAUCAAUGAGAGAAGAAAUGAUUCUACACGUGCAGUAUCCAGCAGAAAUCUCUCAUUUUCGUCUUCUCAUCUCUCCGGAGACAAGUUGAUGCCUGUGUCGUCGUUACGUUCCCAAGGAGUCCGAUUCAAUGUGAGAAGAAGUCCAUUGAUUAUGUCGCCUAAGGCUGUUUCUGAUUCGCAGAAUUCACAGACAUGUCUAGACCCAGAUGCUAGCCGGAGUGUUUUGGGAAUUAUUCUUGGAGGUGGAGCUGGGACCCGACUUUAUCCUCUAACUAAAAAAAGAGCAAAACCAGCAGUUCCACUUGGAGCAAAUUAUCGUCUGAUUGACAUUCCUGUAAGCAAUUGCUUGAACAGUAACAUAUCCAAGAUCUAUGUUCUCACACAAUUCAACUCUGCCUCCCUGAAUCGCCACCUUUCACGGGCAUAUGCUAGCAAUAUGGGAGGAUACAAAAACGAGGGCUUUGUGGAAGUUCUUGCGGCUCAACAAAGUCCAGAGAACCCCGAUUGGUUCCAGGGCACGGCCGAUGCUGUCAGACAAUAUCUGUGGUUGUUUGAGGAGCAUACUGUUCUUGAAUACCUUAUACUUGCUGGAGAUCAUCUGUAUCGAAUGGAUUAUGAAAAGUUUAUUCAAGCCCACAGAGAAACAGAUGCUGAUAUUACCGUUGCCGCACUGCCAAUGGACGAGAAGCGUGCCACUGCAUUCGGUCUCAUGAAGAUUGACGAAGAAGGACGCAUUAUUGAAUUUGCAGAGAAACCGCAAGGAGAGCAAUUGCAAGCAAUGAAAGUGGAUACUACCAUUUUAGGUCUUGAUGACAAGAGAGCUAAAGAAAUGCCUUUCAUUGCCAGUAUGGGUAUAUAUGUCAUUAGCAAAGACGUGAUGUUAAACCUACUUCGUGACAAGUUCCCUGGGGCCAAUGAUUUUGGUAGUGAAGUUAUUCCUGGUGCAACUUCACUUGGGAUGAGAGUGCAAGCUUAUUUAUAUGAUGGGUACUGGGAAGAUAUUGGUACCAUUGAAGCUUUCUACAAUGCCAAUUUGGGCAUUACAAAAAAGCCGGUGCCAGAUUUUAGCUUUUACGACCGAUCAGCCCCAAUCUACACCCAACCUCGAUAUCUACCACCAUCAAAAAUGCUUGAUGCUGAUGUCACAGAUAGUGUCAUUGGUGAAGGUUGUGUGAUCAAGAACUGUAAGAUUCACCAUUCCGUGGUUGGGCUCAGAUCAUGCAUAUCAGAGGGAGCAAUUAUAGAAGACUCGCUUUUGAUGGGGGCAGAUUACUAUGAGACUGAUGCUGACAGGAAGCUGCUGGCUGCAAAGGGCAGUGUCCCAAUUGGCAUCGGCAAGAAUUGUCACAUUAAAAGAGCCAUUAUCGACAAGAAUGCCCGUAUAGGGGACAAUGUGAAGAUCAUUAACAAAGACAACGUUCAAGAAGCGGCUAGGGAAACAGAUGGAUACUUCAUCAAGAGUGGGAUUGUCACCGUCAUCAAGGAUGCUUUGAUUCCAAGUGGAAUCGUCAUCUGAAGGAAUGCGUUUUAACUUGGUUGUCCUCCUAGAUUUUGGCUAAACAGCCAUGAGGUAGAAACGUGCCGAACUUUUAUUUUCCUGUGCUGUAGAAAUCUAGUGUACAUCUUGCUUUUAUGAUACUUCUCAUUACC